AUGCAUCAACUAGUAGAACAGUUUUUGAAGCUUAAGCCGUCCAAGUUCGACGGAAAAGGUGAUCUCGAAGCUGCUAUCCUCUGGGUUAAGGAACUAGAAAAGGCCUUUGCACUGCUGGGGUGCACGGAAGAGGAAAAGGUGACCCUAGCUGUGUAUCAGCUUCAGGGGGUGGCAAAUGACUGGUGGGAGGCCACCCGAGGUAGGGUUUUCCCUAUAGGCAUGGUUCCGAAUUGGACUGCCUUUGCUGAAACCUUCAAUGGGAAGUACUUUUCUGAGAUAGCGCGGGAGCAGAAGAUGGUAGAGUUUCUACGGCUUCGCCAAAAUCAGAUGACUGUAGAUCAGUAUGAAGCUGAGUUCUCGAGGUUGUCUAAAUUUGCACCAAGGAUGGUGGAGGACCCUGUGGAUAGGGCGAGAAGGUUUCGGGAUAGUCUGAAGCCGGAACUCUGCAGCCAGCUUAUACUCUUGAACCUAAGGGAUUAUAAUGAGUUGUAUGAGAGGGCUUAG